AUGACAUACACAAGUCGUCAUAUGCGUCGUCCUGGGCGUAGGCCGGCUCUAUUCUAUUAUAUGCAGUUCGCCAGAGACACCCCUCCCAGACCAAGACUCGCCAAUAUCGAUUCAUAUCAGCCACAAUUAUUCCAGCGAAGCAAAGAAGAUGAAGCACAACUCAAACAACUCCGCGCGCGCCACUCCAAGGAUUGGAGUCAGACAGACGCGCAAGCUUUUGAAGAUAUCAUUGACAGAGACAAUGCUAGGAGCGAUGCGUCCAAGGAACCGCUGAGGCUCAUCAUUUACAGCUACUUCGAACAUCUCAACCUUCCUCCCCUGCCACCUCCUCUUCCAGGAUGUAGUACAAGUGUACUAUUCACGAGGGCUGAAAAGCACAGCAACGAGAGCAUAAGACCUUUUAUGGUGGCUUGCGACAAGGGCUUGCUUGAAGAGGUCAAGUCUUGGACAGAAGAUGGAGAACGGAUAGAAGAGCUCCAACAAUUAGGUCUACAAGACGGAUUGGUAUACGCAGCGAGGGCGGAUCAGGUUGAAAUAGUGCGAUAUUUGCUCGAUGAAAGAUGGACUCCUCUGAACGGUGAAGUGGUGAGAGAAGCUUGCGAUAACCUCUCCCUCCCGCUGUUUGAACUGUGCGUUCAGCAUGGGUAUCACCCUAAUCAGCAAAUACCCAGCCGUGACGGGCAUUUCGGGGUUGCCAUAAACCACUGCGUUCAAGAUGUGGAUAUCACUCGCUUUCUCCUUGAGCACGGCGCAGAUCCUGAUCUUGCCCCAUUCAAGGACGGAAGGCUACAUGACUGGGGAGAGAAAGCCACUCCACCAAUGGACCGUACAUCUGGACUCGCGCUCGACCUCGCAGUUGAGAAGAGUCCAACGAUCGUGGUACAGACGCUUCUUGAGUAUGGCGCUCAUCCGCGAUAUUCGCGUCCACUACAUGGAGUUGUAAAAAGAUUACACUGCCAUUCAAUCCCUGGCGCGCAGCAAGAAUGGCGACCUCUGAUGACGAUGGUGCUGAGCUACGGUGCCGACAUCAAUGCGGUUACAUACAGCGGUGGCACAGCGCUACAGAGAGCUGUGCAUAACAAGAAUUGGGACAUUGUUGAGUUUCUGAUCGAAAGAGGCGCGAACCCAUUCACCAAGUGCCCCGCUUCGAAGGAAGAUUCAUUCGACGAUGCAAGCCUUGGACUUGAGGACCAGCCUUGGCGGAGAAGUCAGGAGGUCAAGGAAUAUCUCAAGAGAUUGACGAGUGGAUCAAAAUUGGAGAUCGGAGAAGAAGCCCCAGAAGAGGUGAGGGAUAAUCCACUCGUGCAAAUCAUCCAGAAGGUGAGGAGAAGGGAAGCGGGCCUGGCAGAGUAG